GAGAUGAUGCGAGUAAAAAUUCUUCUGUUGCCUUCAAUUAGAAGCCACAUAUGUGCAGAUUACAAUGAAUUAUGCAUUGGAUAUAUUCUCUCCGAACAACAAAAAGUAGUUUAUAUAUAUAUUUCUCUGCCAUGAGAUUCAUGAAAUGGGAAGAGAAGGCCAGACUCUUAUCCGUUGGUGAAAAGGAUGGAGGCACAAAGCACAUAGAGUUAGAGCUAUACGCACGGAUCCCGGGCUUCCUAAUUUCAAUUCAAGGUGAACGAUUUCUUAGACCUAUUGAUUUUGAAUACUUAUCGAAUGAACUACCUUCUGAUUGAACUAAUUGAUCUGGUCCAAGAUUGUGGAAUUUUUUGGGUGUUAGGAAACAAAGCUUGAAAGAUUUGAGUACAAUUAUGCUAGCACACCAAGUGUUUGAUAAUAUGACUGAGUAAGGUCUUUUAUUCUUGACACCAAUUAGCAGUUUGAAUAAAGGUUUCAUGUUAAG